GCCAUAUUGAAGUGCGCCUAACCGUUUUGUAAAUCUUGUAGAUGCUUUUGUAAUUUCCACGAUCUGGAAUGGGAAAUUCCGAUCAGUUUUUCGUCGAAUACAAUUUACACAUGUGGGACAAGAGCGGGACGUAAAAAUUUUCCGACCAGUGUAUAACCCAGGGGGGUCAAAGCCAGUUUUAGACCCAGUGAAAACGGUCCCCUAACAUGUUUUAUUCGCACUUUAUUUUGGCCAAGAAGGGGCCGCUGGCCCGGAUUUGGUUAGCGGCACAUUGGGACAAAAAGAUUACAAAGGCACAUGUCUUUGAAACCAAUAUUGAGACUUCAGUUGAUGGUAUCAUCAAACCCAAAGUAAAACUAGCCCUCAGAACCUCAGGUCACUUGCUACUUGGUGUAGUGAGAAUUUACUCCCGCAAAGCCAAGUACCUACUAGCAGAUUGCAAUGAAGCUUUCGUCAAAAUUAAAAUGGCCUUUAGGCCCGGUAUGGUUGAUCUACCAGAGGAACACAGGGAAGCUGCUGUCAACGCAAUCACUUUACCUGAAGUUUUUCACGAUUUCGACACUGCUAUACCUGAAUUGAAUGAUGUUGAUAUUGAAGCUCAAUUCAGCCUCAACCAAUCUCGCGCAGAAGAAAUCACCAUGCGAGAAGAAUAUGGAAACAUAUCAUUAGUGAACCACGAUGACGGUUUUGGCGAUAUGGGUUUUGACAGUGACCCACCGGAUUUAAUGCGGCACGCUGGCUCACUGGAACCUUCAAUGGAGCAAAGUAAUUUGCUUUUCAGCGAACCUGUACUUGAAAAUGAAACUAUCAAGGAAGUUUCUGAACCUAUGCCUUCUACAUCUGGGACUCAGCACCACGAUCAACCUAUGGAAAUUGAUACUGGAGUGCCAGAUGACAAUUUGAUAUCUGGUGGUCUCUUUGAGGGUGGUUUAUUUGAUGAAACGCCAAUGCCUGAAGUGCCUCCGGAUGCAAGUUUACCAGUGCCUGUUCCUGAUAUUUCAGCACCGCAUGUGGCUGAUAGUGAAGACGAUGGCGAUAUGGAUAAUUUUGGUGGGCCGCCUUCAGUGGGAGGGAUGAGUUCUGGUGACUCAAGACCGCCCACGCCACUCGAAGACCACAUUCAACAUCCCCUUACAGGAGCGCACACUCCUGCGCAACCCUCUAUUCCACCUCAAUCACCUGCUCCAAGUAUGAGAUCUAUGAGAAGUGCUCAACCUACACCUGCACCACCAGAGAUUCUUCAAGCUGAAGAAGCGCCACCUUUAGCAGAUCGAACAACUUUAUUGCAAAAUGAAGAAGAGAGUUUUGCUUUGCCUCCUGUUGAUGCUGCUGCGUUGAAAGAUAUGUUUGUUUUAGGCAUUACGAAAACGAAACGAAAAAGGAAAUUGAUCAUAGAUGAAGUGAAAAAUAUCAGUGGGGAAGAGAUGAAGAAUCAACUCAGCGACACCAGCGAUAUAGUUACAUCCUUGGAUUUGGCUCCACCCACCAAAAGACUGAUGCAUUGGAAGGAAACUGGAGGGGUAGAAAAAUUAUUUGCCCUACCGGGUAGAGCAAUUCCUGCCAGGUUAUUAUUCAGAAUCUAUCAGAGGCAUUUGACAUUAAAAUCUAUCAGAAAUGAGGACUUUGCAAUGUUAGGAGAUGCAGAUUCGUUAGCAUUGGAUCAAGCUAGAGACCACGAUGAACCCAGUAUAGAACCUACGCCAGCGAAAAGAGGCAGGAAAAGGAAGAACGUUGUGGAAGAACAACCUGAAACGCCUUUUAUGACUCAACCAGAGACUCCGCUCCCACCAGCAACUCCAUUGCACGUACCUCAAGAAACACCUCUUGGUCCACCUUCAGUGUAUCAUCCAUCACCAGAUCAUCUACCGCCUGGAACUCCUAUUCCGCUUCAUUCACCUUUGGCCGUGCCUGGAACGCCAAUUCAUCCGCCAGGUACACCACAUCAUCCUGGAACACCUAUGCAUCAUCCAGGUACGCCUAUUCACGCUCCUGGAACGCCAAUGCACCCAUCCCAAAUGGGUUCGUUUCCCCCUCCGACUCCCGGUUAUGCUGGCAGUGGGUAUCCGGAAACGCCCGCAGGCUUACCAGGACAAACGCCACUUCAUAUUCCUGAAGGUGAAAUGCCUCAUCUGGCUGCCGAUCAGGUGCAGUCAAUAUUGCAACAACAAGAGAGUUUAGGUCUUCCACAUAUGACACCUCAAGCACACCCAGACGAUCUCAUGGCCCACCAUCAAAUGGGUGGUCCAUCGCACCCCCAGUUCCCAGGGUCCCAUUUAGGGCUUCCUCCGUUCGGCCUAGAUCCGCAUAUACCAGGUGUACCUCAUACGCCGCAACACAGUAUACAGCCUCAGCUGCCUGAACGACCUCUUGAUCAGCUACAGCAAGACUUGCCCCAAAUGGAGAAUAUGGGAUAUGAUCAGAUGGCAAAUAUGGGUUAUGAUGGUCAUUUACCAAACCAAACUCCUCAUGCAGGCAUGUCAGAGCGAGUGCACUCACCUUGGGGUGGAGACUACGAUUUGCCAGCUUCUGUAGAUCCUGCUGAAGAACAACUAGUGGACGAAACAGACGAACAAUUUGAAGAGAGAGUUUUAAAUAAACGAGCAUAUCAACUAUUUUUGACUGUAAAAACACGACUACAGAAAAACAAUGAACUGACACUCUCAGAACUCUGCCAUCGUAACAAACGGAAACAGGCGGCUCAGAAAUUCUACAGUUUUCUGGUGCUAAAAAAGUUCAGCGUUUUAGAAUUAGAACAGGCCGGACCCUACGAAGAGGUUUAUAUCAGCAAAGGAUCUAAAUUUGAUAAUCCCGUGUUAUAAAUCUUGCAGUGCCUGUAUAGUGAAUUUGUUUUCUUUUUGGAGCGCACUUUUAGUUUUUUGUUUUAUAUUUUUGAUAACUUUUGCAUGAUUAUCUCAAAAGAACUUUUUACAUUUCCGGCAUCGUCUCUAUUUUAGUCUUUUUUGAGACUUAAUGUACAUACGUAUACAAAAAAAAAAUCUUUAUAUUUUAUUACAAAAAAUGGUGAAUGUCUGUAAGUACUAAUGAUCGUUUAUAAGAUAAUUUAGGACAAAAGAGCUUUUAUUUUAACGAAAUUACUUUCGUUUCCAAAAUAGAAAAUUGAGGGAUCAAAAGUUUUAUAAUUAUUGCUAUACUUAUACAAAGUGACCAAAUAUAAUUUUUCUUUGGAAAUUAAUAUUUAGUCAUUUUGUUGCAAUUAUUUUUGUACAGAGUGUUUUUAAAUUAUUUUUAUUAUAAACUGUGAUUGUUUUUUCUAUUAAUAAUAAAUAAUAAUUACUGUUAUAAUUUAUAAACACCCUGUGAAUAUUUGAAAUUUAUAAUGUAUCAUGUUUUUUCUUUGUAGAAAAUUUCGCUUUUUUUGUGUUAAACAUAAUUUUCUCCCUUAUAUAAUGUAAGGUACUUGCUUGGAAUUUUUUAUUUAUGUAAACGGUUGCUGGCAAGUACCAAUUCUGUCAAUUUUUAUGUUGUUAAAAAGACAAAAUUAUAGUACAAAUUGUACCUUAUGAAAAGUUUGAAUUGAAUUGAUUUUAUGUUUGGAGCUGUAACAAAUAUGCUUGACGCUACCCUAUUUUAUCAGGGUAGUAUCAAGCAAUAUUAAAUUUGGUACACCUCCGUAAUUAAUUGGGAAUACAGCAAGCACUGGCUUUUCGAUUUUUGUUAAUUUAAAGCUUUCCUUUGUACUUGGUGUUUUCCCAAACAAAUGUCUGAUGCACGCAUGAUAAAUAUUUUAACUUUUUCUCCCAUUAUAUUAUAGAAAUCUUUUUUCUUUCUAGCUUUUUACAUGAGAGGUUUUCUUUAAAAGGUCAUUAUUUUAAUGUUGUUAUUACAUUGAUAGUGUUUAUAUAGUAAAAUGA